AUGAGUAGCAUGAGAUUGAUGCCGCAGGAAGAGGAGGAUGAGAACAACGCCGAGGUUACGUGGGAGGACCAGCAACGGAUCAACGAGUUCUCCAAACUCAAUACGCGACUGAAGAAUAUCGAGGGGAAGCUCGCGGAGUUGAAGCAAGAGAAGGAAGCGCUCGACGAUCUGUCGACGGAACUCGAGCUUGCGGACGAGGACGAGCCUGUAAUGUACCGGAUCGGCGAGACGUUCGUCCACGUCCCACUCAACCGCGCCCUGAAGCGAUUGGAACGAGAUCAAGGGUCGAUCGACUCCCAGCUCUCGGAAUUGGCAGACAAGGCUGAAGUAUGCGAAAAGGGGAUGAAAGAGCUUAAGGUCAUUCUGUAUGCGAAGUUCGGAAAGGCGAUCAACUUGGACGAAUGA